CGUGGAAAACAUAGCGGCGUGGGUCGGUGAGGAGAUGUCAACGCGGGGAUGCCUCUUCUUGGAGACAGUGUUGUAGUCGAGGGUACACACGAGUGCGCACGGUAUACCUACCUCUGUGACUUGGCACGUAGACAAGCGGAGCAGCUUCCCAGCCCAACAAGCAGUGGGACAUAUAUGGAUGGUGGGGUCGCAGCAUGCCCAGCCCCUCGACUACCACUACACCACAGGCUGGAGGGAGUAGCAGCGCCGGAGAAGGAGAGGGGCCCAUGUACGCCACCUCCACCUCUUCUGUCGGCUCCUCUUUCCGGUUCGUCCCGGCUUUCUGCCUGGGCGUGGUGGCAGCAGUAGUAUUUCAGCUGGCCUGGGGAGGCCUGACCCUCACCUCCUUCUUCCUGAAGCUCUUCAUCUAUGUGUCAUUCGCCCUGCUGUGUUUCCUGGCGGGGAGCUUCGUCCUGCUCGUCAGGAAGAGUCCUCUCAAAGUGAGCUGCUUCGCUAGAAACACAAGGCAAUCAGCUGCAUGGCUGGAGUUCUUCAACAAGCUCAUGGCUCGUUUUUUGGUUCCAAUUCAGGAAUCAAGUCAGAGCAGGAGGGUUGUGGUGUCACACAAUGUGGACAAAGCUCUAAAGGAAGUGUUCGACUAUGCCUACAGAGACUAUAUCCUGUCGUGGUACAUCCCUUUGAGCAGUGAUGAGGGCCAGUUGUACUCCAUGCUGUCAGAGGACUGGUGGCAGAUGAUCGGGCAGCUGAGAGCCAGGGUUGCGGAUAUAGACCUCGUCAAUGUGGUGUGUUAUGAUAGCAUCCGUAUCCUGCAUACACACUUCACUGACCUCAAGGCUGCAUCUGCAAGACCGGAGGAGUUUGCUCGGCCGUUUCCUCUCCAUCCCUGUUUGGUCAGUUCUGACUCGGAGUUGGCCUUCCUCCGCUGUGUAGCCAGAAUACUGCUACUCUGUCUGCUGCCACAAAAGGAUGCCAAGUCACACACACUACGCUGCUGCCUCACAGAAGUCAUCACUACUAAAGUGUUGAAGCCUUUGGUUGAGGUCCUUAGUGAUCCAGACUCCAUAAACAGGAUGUUGUUGUCUCAGCUUGAGCAGAGGGAGCAGCAGGCUGAGCAGCAGAAGAAAGCCUACACCUAUGCUGCCUCCUAUGAAGACUUCAUCAAACUAAUAUCAACUUCUGCUGAUGUCAAUUUCCUCAAACAACUCAGGUAUCAGAUAGUGGUAGAGAUUAUUCAUGCCACCACCAUCAGCAGCUUGCCUCAGCUCAAGAAGCAGAAAGAGCGAAAAGGUAAAGAAUCAGCAGCUAUGAAGGCUGAUCUGCUGAGGGCCAGAGAUAUGAAACGUUAUAUCAAUCAGCUGACUGUUGCUAAGAAACAAAGUGAGAAAAGGAUUCGGCUCCUUGGUGGACCCAACUAUGAAAACAAUGAGGAUGGAGGGGCUGAGGACAGCGACGAGCCUCAAAGUCAGAAGAUUCUGCAGUUUGAUGACAUCUUGUGUAAUCCAGGUUACAGGGAGCAUUUCAGGGUUUACAUGGAGAGAGUUGAUAAAAGAGCUUUGAUCAGCUUCUGGGAACUGGCGGAAACAUUGAAAACUGCCAACAAGAAUGAGGUUCCCCAAAUCGUUGGGGAGAUCUAUCAGAAGUUCUUUGUGGAGAGCAAAGACAUUCCAGUGGAAAAGUUUCUUCUGAAGGAGAUUCAACAGAGUCUGGUGGGGAACAGAGGAACACAAGUCUUUGUUAGACUACAGGAACAGGUUACUGAGACGAUGAGAGAACGUUACUACCCCUCCUUCCUGGUUUCUGACCUCUACGAACGGCUGAUCAAACGAGAUGAGCAGCACAGCCAAUCACAGUGUAGCACAGAGGAAAAGGAUGAAGUGUGCCAGGGUCUCGAUGGAGUGGAGGAAGUGGGUGAUGAAGGCAGUAAAGGAAUAAAUGAGCAGGCCAGCUAUGCUGCUACCAAACUCCGCCAACUGUACGACAAACUCGAGUACAAACGACAGGCGCUGGGCUCUAUCCAGAAUGCACCAAAGCCAGACAAGAAGAUUGCGAGCAAACUAAAGGAAGAGAUUGGAGCCAUGGAGAGGGAACACAGUGAACUCCAGCAACAUAUCAGCAGGACAGACUGGUGGUGUGAAAACCUGGGGCACUGGAGGGCGACUAUUACUACUGCUGAGGCCACAGAGGAGGGUGGUGAGACUGUAGCCUGUUACAGUGUCUGUGUCAGUCUGGAGGAAGGAGAGGAGACGGCCAACAGUCACUGGAGCGUCCACAGGAAACUCACUGAGUUCCAGAUGCUGCAUCGCAAACUCACUGAGUGUUUUCCAUCAUUGAAGAAACUCCAGUUACCAUCACUCAGCAAACUUCCUUUCAAAUCCAUCGACCAGAAAUUCCUAGACAAGAGCAGAACUCAACUCAAUGCCUUUCUCCAGCGUCUGCUGAUGGAUGAGCGAUUGUGCCAGUCAGAGGCUCUCUACGCGUUCCUCAGCCCGUCUCCAGAGCAUCUCAAGGUGAUGUCAAUUCAGAAGAAAUCGUCUUUCUCUCUGGCCUCCUUCCUGGAGAAGUUACCUGGAGACUUCUUCUCCCACCCUGAGGAGGAGAAUGACGAUGACAGCGAUCUGUCAGACUAUGGUGACGAGGUAGAUGGGAGGAGAGAUGCACUGGCUGAACCCUGCUUUAUGCUCAUUGCAGAAAUCUUUGAACUCAGAGGAAUGUUUAAGUGGGUGAGGAAGACUCUAAUUGCACUAGUCCAGGUGACAUUUGGACGAACUAUCAACAAACAGAUCCGGGACACAGUAAACUGGAUCUUCUGUGAACAGAUGUUGGUGUGUUACACCGGUGUGUUCAGGGACACCUUCUGGCCCAACGGGAAGUUGGCCCCACACGUCAGUGUCCGAACAGACUCUGAACGCAGUGAAACGAAAGAACGGGCUCAGCAGAAACUCCUUGACAAUAUCCCAGAGGCUUUGGUAAAUUUAGUUGGCCAGCAGAAUGCCCGUUACGGAAUCAUAAAGAUCUUCAACGCCCUGCAGGAAGCCAGUGCCAACAAGCACCUUCUCUAUGUGCUAAUGGAAAUGCUACUCAAAGAACUGUGUCCUGAACUCAGCGCAGAGGUGGACAGCAUCUGAACACACUCGUACACGUAACAAAAAGAAUUGGGAUGAAACUGCCGUUCUGCUGGUUCAUCUCGCCUUUCUGUAGCCGAGCAAUCACAAACUUUUGGUUUAAACCUCAGACAGAAAGCAGCCGAGUUAGUCAGAGUUGAGGCUCUGAGGCUGAUUCUGUUGGAGGAACGUUGCUGCGAUGAAAAGCUGGGCUGACAGCAGACUGAAAGGAGCUGAUGUUGGACUUUGUUGGAGUACAGAUAUACAUUUGUGAGUCUGAGCGGAGAGAAGCCACAUGGAGUCUGACUGUUUCCUGUUCAAACAACAGUCUAACUAGACAGAUCACAUCUGCACCAGAGACCACACACAUUUACACAAGAACAGAUAGUGUUUUGACAUUAUGUGACCCAUGUUUUAAAAGCACUAAAAGAUUGGAUCCGUACCAAAACAACAUGAAAUCUUACGUUCUGUGUAAAUUGUGACGAUCUGAAGAUUACAAGGUGGAAUGAUAUUUUGUGAAAGUAAAAAACGUGAUUGUUUCUAGAGGUGAUGACCUACAGACGCUGAUCAAACGCAACAAACAAACAGCUGAAGUUCAGAUUGUUGCCCUCUGAAGGCGAUCAGUUGGUGUCAUCACCCCAGGACCUCUGAACAUUCCUGCUACACACAACCUGAGCAACAACACUUGUGUUUUGUGAAUCUUGUUAAAGCUUAUAAUUGUGCAAUAUAAUGUCAUGUAAAAGUAAUUGUGAUGAUUUUAUUUAUGAUUAUUAUUGAUAGAUUUUAUUUUUACCAACGAUUGUUUAGAGAGCGUUUAUAUAAGCAAUAAAUUGCAAACAAAAAGAUGA